AUGACGUUGGUGUUCCCGCCAGCCAGGCUGCCUGCCCAAAACCACAAAUGCAACCUCUCUCUGGGCAUGUUGGACAAGCACAAAGAGGGGCGCAGAGCCAGUCCUGCCAGUCCUGCCAUUCCCUACUUCACCGCCUUGGCCUGCCGAAUCUACUACCUCAAGAUCGCCCUGCUCUCCUCGACGAGCUCGACGUCGACGUCUGCCAUGGCCAAAUCUCAGGCCCUGCAGUCCAAUCUGGAUGUUGACUAUGUCAUCCGCUACCGCUUCGCAAAGACAGGUAUUGCCUUCUACUUUGCCUUCACACAGUCCUAUUUCACCUUCCUCGUCUUCCCAGCCGCAUUCGGAUUCGCAUCAUGGCUCUUCCUCGCACCUUUCUCACCCAUCUACGGUCUCGUGAGUGCGAUAUGGUGCACCGUCUUCACCGAGUACUGGAAACGCCAGGAGAUUGACCUCGGUGUCCGCUGGGGUGUCAAGGGCGUGUCUAACAUCGACGUCAGGAAGCGCGACUUCCAGCCUGAGAAGACCAUUACCGACCCUAUCACUGGCGAACAAGUCGGCUUCUUCCCUGCUUCCAAACGCUUCCAACGCCAGCUCCUACAAAUCCCAUUCGCGCUCAUAGCUGCGACAUCGCUUGGGGCUGUCAUUGCUACCUGCUUUGCGAUCGAAGUUUUCAUAUCUGAAGUCUACAAUGGGCCGUUCAAAAGCUUCUUGAUCUUCAUUCCUACGGGUAUUCUGACGACAGUGAACCCUAUCCUCAACACUAUCCUUACUACGGUUGCUACACGGCUGACAGAAUUCGAAAACUACGAGACUUCCAACGCCUACGACAAGGCACUUACCCAGAAGAUCUUUGUCAUGAAUUUUAUCAUGUCUUACCUCGGUAUUUUCCUUACAGCAUUCGUCUACGUGCCCUUUGGUACUGUCAUUGUACCUUAUCUCGACGUCUUCAACGUAGCCGUCCGUCCCUUUGCUGAAGAUGAGAAGCAACUCCAUCUCAACAGCCCAAGCACCAGUUGGAGCAUCAACCCCGAUCGUCUCCGUAAACAAGUCAUCUACUUCACCGUAACCGCUCAAGUGGUAAACCUCGGCAUGGAGCUCGUCGUCCCAUACCUAAAGCGCCGCGGUUUCGCAAAGUACAAGCAAUUUCAAUCCGAUCGCGCUACAAAGAACGGUGUUGCUGCACCAUCACCCGCUACCAGCGAUCCGCCUGAGGACAUUGCAUUUCUUGAGCGGGUCCGGAAAGAAGCCGAACUUGACGUCUAUGACGUUACUGCCGACCUUCGGGAAAUGGUUGUACAAUUUGGUUACCUCUCUCUUUUUUCUGUCGUUUGGCCCCUGACCUCUGUCUCUUUCCUUGUCAACAAUUGGAUCGAGCUUCGCGCAGAUGCCAUGAAGAUCUGCGUGGAGAUGCAACGCCCUAUACCUUGGCGCGCUGAUACCAUCGGUCCUUGGCUCGAUUCGCUGUCUUUCCUUACCUGGCUCGGUAGUCUGACAACCUCUGCGCUCGUCUACAUGUUCUGGAACGACCAUACAGGGCCGGACGGUAAUCCUUCAAACAUCCAACUCUGGGCUCUUCUCCUCACCGUAUUCUUCUCUGAGCACCUGUUCAUCCUCUUCCGCUGGGGUGUCAGCAUUAUCAUCUCUAAACUUGAUUCCCCGGGUCUACAAAAGGAGCGCAGGGAACGCUACCUCGUGCGUAAGAAGUACUUCGAGGAAAAUCUUGCAUCGUUGGAGAAGAUGCCUCAGCUCAGCGAGUCCGGAGGAGAGAUUACUAGAAACAGUCUGGAGGAGGAUGCCAGACAGGGCAGUCUGAGGGAGAGUACACCCGAGAUGAGGUUCUGGGGGCGCCAGAAGGGGUGGAAGGAGAGCGCGGCUGUUGCGCGCGAGUUGAUUGAAAGGGCACAGAACGAGACGAUUAUAGAAGAAAAGAAGGAGCUGUAG